AUGGAUCUUCGAUUUUCGCUGACGAUCAAGGUUUCGGAUGAAUCUGCUAGGGUAGUGACUGACCCAGACCAGUCACCAAGGCCGUUGUUGCGUAGUACUAAUCCACUUACUGUACUUGGAGUUGAUGCCUUAGGUUCUAGUGGUGGUUUGGUUGUGGCUUCGUGGGCCCCUUUUGCGGUUGAUGUACUUAGUUCUAUGAGUAACUUUGUCUUCUGUAAAAUAUCAGCUAAUAAUGGAAUGACCUGGUACAUUUUGUUCUUGUACGGAGAAUCGAGCCAGCAACAUCGUUCUAUAGUGUGGGAACAUCUUUUACACUUAUUAGCUUCUUACCCAGAGUUCCUUAUUAUCGGUGAUAUAAAUCAAGUUGAUCAUUACGCUGAUAAAUUGGGUGGGACUCCUAUUAUUAGGGGUUGGGAUGAAUUCACAAACUGGAAGCACGAUUUACAACUACAAGAUAUUCCUUUCGUAGGACCUCGUUUCACUUGGACCAAUAACAGGGAGGGUGAGGAUCUAAUUAUGGAACGGCUUGACCGUGCCUACGCCUCUCCCACUUGGUAUGAAAGAUAUCCACUUGGCUAUGUUAAAAACCUUCCUAUUCUGCAUUCUGAUCACUCGGCUAUCUUUUAUCAAACGGAGCCACCAGUUCAGGUCAAUCGUCGGCCAUAUCAGUUUGAAAACUGGUGCUUCAGCCACCCUGAUGUGCUUAACCUUAUUUCAUCUGUCUGGAGCAUGCCAAUUGUUGGGUCUGUGAUGUACUGUUUCACUAAACAUAUCUCUUAUUUUUUUCGAAAUCAUCUUCGGAGAUGGUGUUUGGAUCACAAAGUUGUUUGGGGAAUUGACUGGAAGGAUCUUUCUACGAGAUUAGAUGCUACUGCAACUAAUAUUUGCACUCUUAGUCAGGGGCAUGAUUUCAUGACCCAACGACAGCACGAGUUGGAUCUAGCUUCUUUAGGCCACAUAUAUUGGUCUCAACGAUCCAAAGAUAGGUAUAUCCAACUUGGGGAACUUCCCACCAAGUACUUUUAUAAUAAGAUGAAAAGCAAACGACACUCUGCCUAUAUCUAUCUCCUCAAAAAUUCCGAAGGACAAUGGAUUGAAGAUGGUCCCACCAUAUUAGCCAAUAUCUUAAACCACUUCAAAAGUGCUUAUGGCCUCAAUCAAGGAACCACCACCUCUAUCCAGGAUCAUUAUAAGGCUAUCGAUCUUGCCCUUCGAGAACUAAACUUACCACAUCUUUCUAGGAUGCAACAACAACAACUCCUGCUUCCUUUCUCCGAGGGUGAAGUGCGGGAGGCCAUGUUUGGUAUAGGGGAUGCCAAAUCUCCGGGGUUAGAUGGGUCUACUGCCGAGUUCUUUAAAACUCACUGGACGUUUAUUGUGUUAUUGCCUAAGUGUACGAAUCCUGAAGAUGUUACUCAAUUUCGGCCAAUUAGUCUUUGUAACACAAUUUACAAAUGUGUUUCGAAAUGCUUGGUUAAUCGGCUUCGGCCGUUGCUCCCAGAUCUUAUCACAGAAUACCAGAGUGCCUUUAUCCCUGGUCGGCAUAUGGACGACAACAUUUUGAUAAGUCAUGAGUUGAGCCACGUCCUCAAUAAACAUCAUCGUGGCAACGUUCAUCUGGCAGCGCUCAAAAUUGACAUGAAUAAGGCAUAUGACCGGGUUAACUGGAGGUUUCUCUUAAAGGUUCUUCACACCUACGGGCUUCCCGGGUAUGCGCCUUCUAUCUCCCAUCUGUUUUUUGCUAACGAUGCUCUUCUUUUCUUUAAAGCCUCAAAUACGUCAUGCACGGCAAUUUCCAAUCUUCUGGGUCGGUUUUGUCAUAUUUCUGGACAAAUGAUCAGCCUCCGUAAGUCUUAUGUAAAAUUUAGCCCCAAUAUUCCUGAGAGUCGAGUCCUUGAAUACAAAGGUAUCCUGGAGUUGGACUCGACACAGUUUUUGGGUACAUAUCUUGGUGCUCCUGUGGAUAUUCAAGGGAAGAAAACUCGACAUUUUACUUUUCUACUGGAUAAAAUUUCGCAACGCAUCACAACAUGGAGUCAUUCCCCUCUCUCGCAAGCGGCGAAAUUGAUCCUCAUCAAUUCCAUCCUUUUAGCUUCUAUUGCUCACAUCCUGUCGGUCUUCUUGAUUCCCACAACCAUAGCCAACAAGGUAGAUGUUAUGCUUACUCGAUUUUCUGGUCUACCAGCUCUAGUAACGGAACUGCUUGGCGAAGCAAGGACCUCUUGCAUUUGCCCAAGGGUGAUGGUGGCCUCGGGGCUGCAUCAAGUUGAGAAGGUUCUCUUAACGAAUUAUGUUUGGAAAAUUGGUUCUAACUCGGGUCUACUUGCGGGAAAGGAGUGUUGGGUCAAUGGGGAGGUUCCCCUAUUUCGUGAUAAUGUUCCUCUUCGUACUGUUGCUUCUACGACAGUGGCAUCACUUUUGUUGCCUCAACAUCAAGGUUGGAAUGUGCCCUACCUCUGUGCGCUUUUUCAGUCAUCCACAGUUCGCACUAUUCGUGGGUUAGAGAUUCUGCAGUUCAAUUCUCCUUCCGACAGUCCUAUUUGGCCUUUCACAACGUCUGGCCAAUAUACCACUAAAUCUGGGUACUUUUUUCUCUCUCGAAAUACAGAUAUCUGUAGCAUGAACUUCCCUCUAAAUUCGGAAUUUUUUCGACUUUUUUGGGGAUUGCGCAUCAUGCCUAAGUGGAAGAUUUUCCUUUGGAAACUCUGCCACAAUGGGAUAGCGACAUCCGCUAAUCUCUCUUCGCGGGGUCUCGCAAUUUCUGAUACUUGCACAAGGUGCAACUUGGAACCUGAGACUUGCCAACACAUUUUCUGGAUUUGUCACUUGGCUACUAUUUUAUGGCAAUCAGGCCAACUGGGUAUUCAUUCUAAUUCAAACCCUGAUAUAGCUUUCAAGGACUGGCUUAUUGCUUGGGUCCAUUAUUUCUACCAACAGGAUGGCUAUAAUAGUGAUCGUCUUCCCAUAUUUGUGGCCACUUUAUGGGGAAUUUGGCAGGGUAGGAAUAAGCAUGUUCUCAACGAAAUAAUUCCGGACUUGGCAUUUCUUCGCUCUCUAGUAAACCAAGGUAUUCAGCAGCACUUCACUUUUUUGGCUCAACCGCUGUCCAAAGUCCAUGCUCUGUCCAUUGAUUCAGGACCUCCAGGGUUCCUUAUAACGCAUUUUGGGGCAUCUUUCUGCGGCAAACCAUAG